AUGAUUUGGAAAAAUUUAAAUCUAAGAAAACAGAUGAUUUUAAUGAUCUCAGUUGAUGUGUUUUAUUUUAUAAUAAAAUUUUUUACCUAUAAAAUGUUAGUAAAGAAAUUUAACAACGUACUUAACGCUUUAAGAACUCUUUUCAUUAUUGGUACUUUAUAUAGCUUCUUUGACAAUGUAAUUGGAUGUAAAUUUCAUUCCUUUAAGAUAAAGGACUUAUUCUUUUUAACAAACAACUCUAUUUAUUUGACUGUUUUAACUGCUUUUAUCUCUUAUUUUUUAGAAUUCUUAUUGUUCUUAAAGGGAAUUUCUGAGGAAGAAGUUGAAAAAGACUGUUGUAAUGAGUUAUUUAAUAAGUUUUAUAAGUUGGUUGAUAAUAUUUAUAGAGAUUUACUUGGUAUCACUCAUGCUUUAAAUUCUGUUGUGGCUAUCGUUUAUUGGAAUGUUCAUUUUAUUACACCAAACUUACGAAUGAACUUAUCUUCCAAUGGCACUCCAAUAAUAAGAUCAACGCUUCAAAAUUUAUCAGAUCAUCUCUUCCCAUUUCUUUAUACAACCACCACAUCAAUUAAACAGAGAAAGUUUGGUAGAGAACCUUAUCAUAGGAUCUAUAUUUACAUUCUGUGUAGUUAUUAUUCUCUUAUGAUUUUAUAUCAUAGAUAUGUACAUAAAAAAUACCCCUAUCAGAUUUUAGAUGUUUUUGGUGAUAGAGCUGCAUUCAUUUCUGGUAUCAUAUUAGCUAUUCUCCUUGAUCUUAUUCAUAAGAUUUAUUUCGAAUUGUUUAAGUUUUUUAAAAGUCAAUAA